AUGGACAUCUCUUCCAAUAUUGUCAAAGAGCGUACGAGACACACCAGUGCUUACAAGAUUCUGGUUAUUGAUGUUUCUGGGUUGAUAAGUUUGAUUUCUCGUCUGAAAGGGGAGGUUCUCCGUGAUUUCAAUCAUGAUUAUGGCAACUUGCUUUCCAUCCUCAACACAUCUUUUGAUCCGAUGGCCUUGAUCACUCUGUUUCAGUUCUAUGACCCACAUUUAAGGUGUUUUACAUUCCAGGAUUAUCAACUGGUUUCAACACUUGAGGAAUUUUCUUACAUCCUCAACAUUCGAAUUACUGAUGAGGUGCCUUUUGCCCGGGUUCCUAAGGUUGUGAGGUUGGAAAAGAUAGUUGAAGCUCUUCAUAUGGGUAUAAAGGAGGUGGAAAGAAAUUGGAAGUCAUCGGGUGCUAUUCCUGGUUUCUAUCUUUGUUUUCUGAUUAGUAAGGCUGAGGAGGCGGUUAAGAAGGAGUGUUGGGUUGAUUUUGGUCGGUUGCUUGCUAUCAUUAUUUACGGCAUUGUGUUGUUCCCAUCAGUGGAGAACUUUGUGAGUUUGUCGGCGAUUUGUGUCUUCAUGAACAAAAACCCUGUGUCAACAUUGCUUGCGGACACCUAUUUUGCUAUCCACUCUAGAAAUAAGAAGGGAGGAUAUGUUAAUGGUUCUUGUCUUUCGUUGUUGUAUCGUUGGUUUAUGCUACAUUUAUCAGUGAAAGGACCAUUUGUGCUCAGAAAGAGUUCUCUUCAGUGGUCAGAUAGGAUUGUUAACCUCACAUCUUAUGACAUCAGGUGGAAUUAUUGUGUGGGGAAGGUUUGGAACAUCAUCACUAGUUGCGGUCAAUAUUCCAAUGUUCCUCUCAUGGGAACCAGAGGUUGUAUUAGUUAUAAUCCCAUGCCCGCCUACCGUCAAUUGGGAUAUGCAAUGGAAGGGUCUCAGAAGGAUGUAGAAGCGUUUGAAUCAGUGUACUUUGCCGGUGGUAAAGAUCCUUUGGAGCUAGAGAAGAUAGCGUCUGCUUGGACUAGAGUCCAUAGGAGAGAUCAAACCACCCUAAGUAAGAAGGUUCCUAUUGCUAUGGGUCCCUACAUGGAGUGGGUCAAGGCAAGAGCUGAAGAUUUAUUGUUGCCAUUUGCGAGGUCGGAUUCAUUGUACGAAAAACCUCUUGUGGUCUUGUCUGAUACAGUUGCUGCUGAGCUCUAUACUCAAGCCAAUGCGGAUAACAUCAAACUUCAAGCAAAGGACAAAGAGGUUGACUUGGAGAAUUAUUUUCGUAAUCAAGAAAAGGAGGAAUUGGCUCGUAAGCUCCAGCAUGCGCAAGAUGAAGGUUCAAGCAUGAUACGUGCUCAAAGGCGAUCUCAUGACUUAAUGGAGGAAAGCUUGUACCGAAAGCAGCAAGAAUGUUUGAAGUUGCAAAGAUCCGAAAGCAGUAGCAAGAGAAAGGUGCGGGAUUUGGAAAAGCAAUUGGUGGAAGAAAAGGCCAAGUCAGCUCAACUUGAGGAAGAGCUCGCAAGACUCUGA